UAUUUUGCAGAGUGGUGAGUCUGAUCAGAGACCUAGAAUGGUAUUUAAACAUCGGAAUUAUAAAAAUUUACUAAAUUUUCAAAUGGAAGAAAAAGGAAUCCAAGAAACCAUCACUGCUAGGCCCUCAAGAAGCGAUUUGGCCAGCAUGGGAAGACCAAAGACAGUUGUUGCAAACUACUUCGGCUUCAAGUUUACUUCUCCCUCUGGUGAAGAGAGGAUCCAUAAGUACAAAAUGGAAACAGACCCAGGUCUUCCUCAAGACUCCCCACUUCUGAGGAAGCUUGCUAGGAGAACUAGGAGGGACUUAGAGAAGAGCAUUGGGCAUGUUGAAUUUUUCAGGGACUGAGCCUAUGCUUUAAUCAACAAUCCAGAUAUCACUGACAUUCAUAAAACUCCCUCUGACGAAGACAACACUAUGUACAAAGUGAAAUACACUUGGGUACAGGAGAUCAAGAAGGAAGAUGUAGAUAUGCUCAUUUUCUUCAAGAUCUUUUUGAACAGACUCAUGGAGAGAGGUGGCUUGGUCCAGGUCGGGUUUGGCAAGUACUUUGACCCCUCAAGGCAAAGAGACCUCAAAGAAUGUAAUUGCUGGCCAGGAUAUGCUACUUCUCUUAGUAAUUAUCAAAGUGGUAUUCUCUUUACAGUAAACCCUACUAAUAAGUUCCUCAUGAACAGAACUGCAUAUGAUGUUAUCAAGGGUACUAGAGGAACAAAUACUAAAGAUAACAUUGCUAAGGAGCUUAAUGCCAGAGGUGUCAUGACCCAUUACAACAAGAAGGUCUACAGAGUUGAAGAAGUCGACUAUGAUCACACUCCUAAAGACAAAUUCACUCUUCAAGAGAAGAGUACUAAAAGAGAGUUGACCUACAUUGACUACUAUAAAGAAAAGUACAAUGUAGAGAUCAAGGAUCCUGACCAGCCACUACUCGUCCACAUGAACGAGAGGACGAACAACAAGAUUUUCUUAAUCCCAGAAACCUGUAUAUUGACUGGAAUCACUGACGAGCUGAAAGCUAAGAACUCCCGUGAAAUGAGAGACAUCCUCUUCGCUAAUGCUGAAGUCAAGUACAAAAGAAUUGAGACUUACUUCGAGCACCUCCUCAAUAAUGAGAAAUGAAAGCAAAUGAUGGAAACAUGGAAAGUCACUAUUGUUAAUAAGCCGCUUGAAGUCAAUGCAGUACAGCUCCAUCCUGGACAAUUGUUGAUUCAUAAAGAUCAGAAGAUCGAUCUCACUAGGACUCCAGAGUUUGAUCGGGAGAUUAAGAACCUCAUGGAUAUGCCUAAGGUCAGUAAAUGGGCUAUCUUUUUCCCUCAUAGAUUUGCAAAGGAAGCUGAAGCUCUUCUUAGAGACAUGCAGAACUGUAUCAGGGAUUUUAGAUAUCCAUGCUGUGCUCCUAGAAAAGUUAAAAUUGCAGAUGAUAAGAUAGAUUCAUGGAGGAAAGGUAUUGAAGGUGUACUGAAAGGACAAGAAGGUAUCUCCUUCGCGGUCUUUGUCAUUCAGGGAAAGAAGAAAGCCUCCCCGGUGUACCAUGAGCUUAAGAAAAUACUUGUUGAAGAAGUCCCUGUUCCCUCUCAGAUGAUCCUUGCUGAUACUCUAUCCAGAGGUAAAGGAAUCAGGAGUAUUGCGAAUAAGCUAUUCAUCCAGUGCAAUGCUAAGUUUGGAGGGACUCCUUGGGGAUUCUAUAACUUGCCGAUGUGUAACAAACCAACUAUGUUCUGUGGAAUCGACAUCUUCAAGAAGUGCAAGCAGAGGGGUUGCUCAUAUGCAGCAUUCGUCUCAACUACAGACAAAUUCUGUGGAAAGUUCAACAGUGAAGUCUCUUGGGUCAAGGAAGGAGAUGACAUUGGUGCUGGAUUUGGUAAGUCAGUCAUAAAUGGGAUUGCUGCUUUCAAAGAAAAGAACGGCUGAGUCCCUCAAAGAAUAGUUAUCUUCAGAGAUGGAGUCUCAGAAUCACAACUCCCUGCUGUUUUGAGUACAGAAUGCGGAUCUAUUAAGGAUGCACUUGAGAAGGAAGGCCACAAAGACACUAACUUAAUCUUCCUAGUUGUUAAUCAGACUAGUGGUGCAAGAUUCUUCUGUAAGAAUGGGAGAAGAAAUGUAAACCCUGAAAGAGGAAUUGUAGUCGACUCUGGAGUGGUCAGAGAAAGUGAAUAUGACUUUUAUAUUGUGCCUCAUGGAAGUAGACAAGGAAUUCAAGGGCCUACCAGAUUCCAUCUUCUCUACAGCAGUGAAACGAUAGAUACUAAAUCUCUCUACGAAGUUUGCUACAGACUAUGCUAUGGAUACUUCAACUAUGGUUCUUCUAUCAAGGUGCCUUCGCCAGUCUUAUAUGCUCACAAGCUAGCAUACUUCUGAGGAGAGAUAGAGAACAAGCAAGGAAAGACUAUUCCAGUUGAUUCUUUGAAGUCUAAGUUGUAUUACAUCUAACCAAUCCAAUUAAUCAAAUCCUA